AAUUUCUGGAAGUCAUCAAGCCCUUCUGUGUCAUCCUGCCGGAGAUACAGAAACCCGAGAGGAAGAUUCAGUUCAAGGAGAAAGUGCUAUGGACAGCCAUCACCCUCUUUAUCUUCCUAGUGUGCUGUCAGAUUCCCCUGUUCGGUAUCAUGUCUUCAGACUCCGCCGACCCUUUCUAUUGGAUGAGAGUGAUUCUGGCCUCUAACCGAGGCACGCUGAUGGAGCUGGGCAUCUCUCCCAUUGUCACCUCUGGCCUCAUUAUGCAGCUCCUGGCUGGCGCCAAGAUAAUCGAAGUUGGCGACACCCCAAAAGACAGAGCCCUCUUCAAUGGAGCCCAAAAGUUAUUUGGCAUGAUCAUUACCAUCGGCCAGUCCAUUGUGUAUGUGAUGACGGGGAUGUAUGGAGACCCUUCUGAGAUGGGCGCCGGGAUCUGCCUGCUGAUCACCAUCCAGCUCUUCGUGGCUGGCUUAAUCGUCCUGCUUUUGGAUGAGCUCCUGCAGAAGGGGUACGGGCUGGGCUCUGGCAUUUCCCUCUUCAUCGCCACUAACAUCUGUGAGACCAUCGUCUGGAAGGCCUUCAGCCCCACCACCGUCAACACUGGCCGAGGAAUGGAGUUCGAAGGCGCUAUCAUAGCACUCUUCCACCUGCUGGCCACGCGCACCGACAAAGUCCGCGCACUGCGAGAGGCCUUCUACCGCCAGAACCUCCCCAACCUCAUGAAUCUGAUCGCCACCAUCUUUGUCUUUGCCGUGGUCAUCUACUUCCAGGGCUUCCGUGUAGACCUGCCAAUCAAGUCGGCGCGCUACCGUGGCCAGUACAACACCUACCCCAUCAAGCUCUUCUACACCUCCAACAUCCCCAUCAUCCUGCAGUCCGCGCUGGUGUCCAACCUCUACGUCAUCUCCCAGAUGCUGUCCGCUCGCUUCAGCGGGAACUUGCUGGUCAGCCUGCUGGGCACGUGGUCGGACACGUCUUCCGGGGGCCCGGCGCGUGCCUACCCUGUCGGCGGCCUGUGCUAUUACCUGUCCCCUCCAGAGUCGUUCAGCUCCGUGCUGGAGGACCCUGUCCACGCAGCUGUGUACAUCGUGUUCAUGCUGGGCUCCUGCGCCUUCUUCUCCAAAACAUGGAUCGAGGUCUCGGGCUCCUCUGCCAAGGAUGUUGCCAAGCAGCUCAAAGAGCAGCAGAUGGUGAUGAGGGGCCACCGGGAGACCUCCAUGGUCCACGAGCUCAACCGGUACAUCCCCACAGCCGCGGCCUUUGGCGGGCUGUGCAUCGGGGCCCUCUCGGUCCUGGCGGACUUCCUAGGUGCCAUCGGUUCUGGAACUGGGAUCCUGCUUGCCGUGACCAUCAUCUAUCAGUACUUCGAGAUCUUCGUGAAGGAGCAGAGCGAGGUGGGCAGCAUGGGAGCCCUUCUGUUCUGAGCCUCAGCUUCCGUGGACCGGGGGGGUAGCGUGCCCCGUGGAGCGCGCAGCUGUGGCACAUGGACUUGAUUUAAUGAUGCUUUUUAAAUUUCUUAUCCUUUCAUUCCACUGUGUAAAGUGCUAGAUUUUCCAGUUUGAAAUUAUUCUUUUUCUUGUGGCAUUGGCAGAAGCCUGUAGAAAUGAGGUGACUGCCAGAGGGUCAUGGUGGCCAGUUGACCAUUAGUUCCCUGUAAACCUUUGAUCCUGGCCCCUGCAGCAUGCAGCUGCAGUAUGCCUGGCUCCCUGCUCCCAGCUCCCUGCCAACCAGAAGGAAGCACAAGCAGAGGUCCGCACCUCCUCCUGGCCACAUGGCGAGGCUGGAGGCUUGGAAGC